GUAUUGAUAAGGUAAUUGGUGUGUCUAGGUGUAUUGAUAAGGUAAUUGGUGUGUCUAGGUGUAUUGAUAAGGUAAUUGGUGUGUCUAGGUGUAUUGAUAAGGUAAUUGGUGUGUCUAGGUGUAUUGAUAAGGUAAUUGGUGUGUCUAGGUGUAUUGAUAAGGUAAUUGGUGUGUUUAGGUGUAUUGAUAAGGUAAUUGGUGUGUCUAGGUGUAUUGAUAAGGUAAUUGGUGUGUCUAGGUGUAUUGAUAAGGUAAUUGGUGUGUCUAGGUGUAUUGAUAAGGUAAUUGGUGUGUCUAGGUGUAUUGAUAAGGUAAUUGGUGUGUCUAGGUGUAUUGAUAAGGUAAUUGGUGUGUCUAGGUGUAUUGAUAAGGUAAUUGGUGUGUCUAGGUGUAUUGAUAAGGUAAUUGGUGUGUCUAGGUGUAUUGAUAAGGUAAUUGGUGUGUUUAGGUGUAUUGAUAAGGUAAUUGGUGUGUCUAGGUGUAUUGAUAAGGUAAUUGGUGUGUCUAGGUGUAUUGAUAAGGUAAUUGGUGUGUCUAGGUGUAUUGAUAAGGUAAUUGGUGUGUCUAGGUGUAUUGAUAAGGUAAUUGGUGUGUCUAGGUGUAUUGAUAAGGUAAUUGGUGUGUCUAGGUGUAUUGAUAAGGUAAUUGGUGUGUUUAGGUGUAUUGAUAAGGUAAUUGGUGUGUCUAGGUGUAUUGAUAAGGUAAUUGGUGUGUCUAGGUGUAUUGAUAAGGCCUGGAGGGAAGCAAAAGUCAUUCCGCUACUCAAGAAUAGUCAAGCCCCCUGGAAAAAAUAGUGUUUGACCAGAUAAAAUGCUAUUUUACAGUAAAUACAUUGACAGACUUUCAGCACGCAUGUAGGGAAGGACACUCAACAACCACAGCACUGACACAAAUGACUGAUGAUUGGCUGAGAGACAUUGACGACAAAAUGAUUCUGUUUUGUUAGAUUUCAGAUUUUUUAUUUUUGUACCCCAUUUUUUCUCCCCAAUUUCAAGGUUUCCAAUUGGUAGUUACAGUCUUGUCUCAUCGCUGCAACUCCCGUACGGACUGGGGAGAGGCGAAGGUCGAGAGCUGUGCGUCCUCCGAAACACAACCCAGCCGCACUGCUUCUUGACACAAUGCACAUCCAACCCGGAAGCCACCCGCCACAAUGUGUCGGAGGAAACACCGUACACCUGGCGACCGUGUCAGCGUGCACUGUGCCCGGCCCGCCACAGGAGUCGCUAGUGCGCGAUGAGACAAUUGUGCGUUGCUAGUGCGCGAUGAGACAAUUGUGCGUCGCUAGUGCGCGAUGAGACAAUUGUGCGUCGCCCCAUGGGCCUCCCGGUUGCGGCCGGCUGUGGCAGAGCCUGGGCUCGAACCCAGAAUCUCUGCGCCACCCGGGAGGCCCUCAGUGCAGCUUUUGACAUUAUCGAUCCUAGUCUGCUGCUGGAAAAGCGUAUGUGUUAUGGCUUUACACUCCCUGCUAUAAUGUGGAUAAAGAGUUACCUGUCUAACAGAACACAGAGGGUGGAAGCUUCUUCUCUUCUUGUUUAGGCCCCUUGCUUUUUACAUUUUUUACGAACGACAUGCCACUGACUUUGAGUAAAGCCAGAGAGUCUAUGUAUGCGGAUGACUCAACACUACAAGUCAGCUACUGAAAUGACUGCAACACUCAACAAAGAGCUGCAGUUAGUUUCAGAGUGGGUGGCAAGGAAUAAGUUAGUCCUAAAUAUUUCUUAAACUAAAAGCAUUAUAUUUGGAACAAAACACUCACUAAACCCUAAACCUCAACUAAAUCUUAUUGUAAAUAAUUUAGCAAGUUGAGGUGACUAAACUGUCACGCCCUGGUCGAAGUAAUGUAUGUUUGUCUUCAUUUAAUUGGUCAGGCCAGGGUGUUUUUGUAUUGGGGUUUUGUGGGGUGUCAUGCAUAGUCUAUGGCUGCCUGAGGCGGUUCUCAAUCAGAGUCAGGUGAUUAUUGUUGUCUCUGAUUGGGAACCAUAUUUAGGCAGCCAUAUUCUUUGAGUGUUUUGUGGGUGAUUGUUCCUGUCUCUGUGUUAGUUGUCACCAGAUAGGCUGUAUAGGUUUUCACAUUCCGUUUAUUGUUUUUGUAUUGUUCGUGUUCCAUCAUUAUUAAACAUGUAUCAAAAUUACCACGCUGCAUUUUGGUCCGACUCUCCUUCGACGGAAGAAAACCGUAACAGAAUCACCCACCACACCAGGACCAAGCAGCGUGGUGAUAGGCAGUGACAGCAGAAGCAGCGAAAGUAGGAAUGGACAUGGGAAGGGUUGUCACACUUGGGAGGAGAUACUGGCUGGAAGAGAUCGCCUCCCAUGGGAACAGGUGGAGGCACUUAGGAGAGCAGAGGCAGCCGGAGAGAGGAGCCGAUGAUACGAGGGAACACGGUUGGCAAGGAAGCCCGAAAGUCAGCCCCAAACAUUUCUUGGGGGGGGGGGCUCAGGGAGAGUGUGGCAGAGUCAGGGUUCAGACCUGAGCCAACACCCCCUGUUUAUUGUGAGGAGCAGCGAUCACAGGACUUCUGGACUUGGGAGGAGAUAUUGGAUGGAAAAGGACCCUGGGCUCAGCCUGGAGAAUAUCGACGCCCCAAAGAAGAACUGGAGGCGGCGAAAGCGGAGAGGCGCUGGUAUGAAGAGGCAGCACGGCGACGCGGAUGGAAGCCCGAGAGUCAGCCCCAAAAAUGUAUUGGGGGGGGACUCACAGGGAGUAUGGCUACGCCAGGUAGGAGACCUGCGCAAACUUCCUGUGCUUACCGGGGGGCUAGAGAGACCGGGCAGGCACCGUGUUAUGCUAUGGAGCGCACGGUGUCUCCAGUGCGGGUGCAUAGCCCGGUGCGGUACAUACCAGCUCUUUGUAUUGGCCGGGCUAGAGUCGGCAUCGAGCCAGGUAAGGUUGGGCAGGCUCGGUGCUCAAGAGCUCCUGUGCGCCUGCACGGUCCGGUCUAUCCAGUGCCACCUCCACACACCAGUCUUCCGGUGGCAGCUCCCCGCACCAGGCUUCCUGUGCGUGUCCUCGGUCCAUUACCACCAGUGUCAGCACCACGCACCAGGCCUUCAGUGCGCCUCGCCUGUCUAGCGCUAUCAGAGCCUUCCUCCUCUCCGGCGCUGCCAGAGUCUCCCGCCUGUUUAGCGCAGCCAGAGCCUACCUCCUCUACAGCGCUGCCGGAGCCUCCCGCCUGUUCAGUGCAGCCAGAGCCUUCCUCCUCUACAGCGCUGCUGGAGUCUCCCGCCUGUUUAGUGCAGCCAGAGAAUUCCUCCUCUCCUGUGCUGCCGGAGUCUCCCGCCUGUUCAGCACUGCCAGAGCCUUCCUCCUCUACAGCGCUGCUGGAGUCUCCUGCCUGUUCAGUGCAGCCAGAGCAGCCAGCCUGCAUGGAGCAGCCUGAGCUGUCAGUCUGCAUGGAGCAGCCUGAGCUGUCAGUCUGCAUGGAGCAGCCAGAGCUGUCAGUCUGCAUGGAGCAGCCAGAGCUGCCAGUCUGCAUGGAGCAGCCAGAGCUGCCAGUCUGCAUGGAGCAGCCAGAGCUGCCAGUUUGCAUGGAGCAGCCAGAGCUGCCAGUCUGCAUAGAGCUGCCAGUCUGCAUAGAGCAGCCAGAGCUGCCAGUCUGCAUGGAGCUGCCAGUUUGCAUAGAGCAGCCAGAGCUGCCAGUCUGCAUGGAGCAGCCAGAGCUGCCAGUAUGCAUGGAGCAGCCAGAGCUGCCAGUCUGCAUGGAACAGCCAGAGCUGCCAGUCUGCAUGGAGCAGCCAGAGCAGCUAGAUCCACCAGUCAGCCAGGAUCCGCCAGUCAGCCAUGAUCUUCCAGAUCCGCCAGUCAGCCAGACUCUUCCAGAUCCGCCAGUCAGCCAGACUCUUCCAGAUCUGCCAGUCAGCCAGACUCUUCCAGAUCUGCCAGUCAACCAGACUCUUCCAGAUCUGCCAGUCAACCAGACUCUUCCAGAUCUGCCAGUCAACCAGACUCUUCCAGAUCUGCCAGUCAACCAGACUCUUCCAGAUCUGCCAGUCAACCAGACUCUUCCAGAUCCGCCAGUCAACCAGACACUUCCAGAUCCGCCAGCCAGCCAGGAUUUGCCGGAUCCAACUACCUGACUGAGCUUCCUCUCAGUGCUUAGCUUCCUCUCAGUGCUGGGCUUCCUCUCAGUGCUGAGCUUCCCCUCAGUGCUGAGCUUCCCCUCAGUGCCGAGCUUCCCCUCAGUCCCGAGCUACCCCUCAGUCCCGAGCUGCCUCAGUCCCGAGCUGCCCCUCAGUCCCGAGCUGUCCCUCAGUCCCGAGCUGCCCCUCAGUCCCGAGCUGCCCCUCAGUCCAGUGGGGUUCUGGGUGAGGACUACUAGGCCAUGGUGAGGGUGGACUAUCCUAGGACGCGAGGGGACGCGAGGGGGAGGAACUAGGACAUUGAUGGA